CCUCUGCUCGCCCUCUCUCCCCCAGCCACUAAAACACUUAACCGCGGUAUUGCUGAGUUCAUUGUGAUGGCCGCAGACGCAGAGCCCCUGGAGAUCAUCCUCCACCUGCCACUGCUCUGCGAGGACAAGAACGUGCCCUAUGUGUUUGUGCGCUCCAGGCAGGCCUGUGGGGUCUCACGCCCAGUCAUUGCCACUUCGGUCACCAUCAAGGAGGGCUCACAGCUCAAGCCCCAGAUCCAGUCUACCCAGAUGGCCACUCAGAGACUGCUGGUGUGAGCAGAGAGCUCAGGGUGGGGGUUGUAGGGUUAAUGGGACACCACCUGCUUUGGUCAUAUUCAGAUUUUUGUAAAUGGGACGGACUAUGAUUUAAUGUUGUCCUGCUUUGUUUCAUGUCCUGUCAGACUUUUGUGCAGAAGAUUCUAUUUUGUAGGGCUGUGUCCAUUUUGAAAUGUUGGGACAGAAAAGGUAUAUCUGAAGCGUUGGAACAAAAAUGGCUUAACUUGUUUUUAAUAUUACUAUGUUGUAAAUGUGGUAAUUCUAUAUAGAGUAUACGGGACGUCAAACUAAGCAUAGUAGAAUCAUAGCAACUACACUUAGCUUUCCUUAUGUUGACCUUUUUCCUUCAUUUGGUGCAGUUAAAGGUGGACAUGUUCAUUCCA